CGCUUGUACGAAGGCGUCGUUGGGAUCAAAUGCUCUUUUGACAGAAUGCAGCUGUCAGCCAUUGUCCUUCAGUGUUUGCUUGUGCUCUCUCAAUGGGCGGCCCGUGCCGAGUUAACUCAGUCGCCUCCUUUUGCCUGUGACUGGUCUAGUCCCGCAACCAGAUCCUACCCAUUCUGCAAUCCCAAGCUCGGCGUGUCUCGAAGAGCCCAGGACCUGGUGUCUCGCCUCUCAUUGGACGAGAAGCUCGCCCAGCUAGUCAACAACGCACCUUCCAUUCCUCGACUCGGCAUCCCCGCAUACCAGUGGUGGAAUGAAGCUUUGCACGGAGUCUCCUCCGUCGGACGUGGCAUCCGAUUCAAUGGCUCCAUUUCUUCUGCAACUAGCUUCCCUCAAGUCAUCCUCUCUGCUGCUACCUUUGACUCCCUCCUCUGGUACAGAAUCGGUCAGGCCAUUGGAGCGGAAGCGAGAGCAAUCUAUAAUGCAGGGCAAGCCACGGGCAUGACUUUUUGGGCUCCGAACAUUAACAUCUUCAGGGAUCCGAGAUGGGGAAGAGGGCAAGAGACAGCCGGGGAAGACCCGCUGGUUAAUUCCAAGUACGCUGUGUCGUAUGUGAGGGGAGUCCAAGGCGAUUCCUUCCAGGGAGGCAAACUCAGAGGUCAUCUUCAAGCUUCCGCUUGUUGCAAGCAUUUUACGGCCUACGAUUUGGACAACUGGAAGGGUGUGAAUCGCUUCAUCUUCGAUGCUCGCGUGACUUCACAAGAUUUAGCGGACACAUAUCAGCCUCCAUUUCGGAGUUGCGUAGAGCAAGGACGAGCAAGUGGGAUAAUGUGCGCUUACAAUCGAGUGAAUGGGGUUCCAAACUGCGCAGAUUUCAAUCUCUUGACUAAAACCGCCAGAAGACAAUGGGGUUUUCAUGGGUAUAUCACUUCCGAUUGCGGCGCAGUUUCACUCCUUCAUGAUGAUCAAGGAUAUGCAAAAUCGGCGGAGGAUGCUGUGGCCGAUGUCCUUCGGGCUGGAAUGGAUGUAGAGUGCGGUGAUUACUUGACGAAGUAUGUUAAAGCAGCAGUGACGCAGAAAAAGUUACCAAUAUCUCAAGUAGAUCGUGCACUUCACAACCUGUUCUCAAUCAGAAUAAGGCUGGGUCUGUUCGAUGGGAAUCCAGCCAAACUGUCGUUCGGCAUGAUCGGACCAAACGAAGUGUGUUCGAAAGAUCACCUGUAUUUAGCUCUUGAAGCUGCCAGAAAUGGCAUUGUCCUUUUGAAGAACUCUGCCAGACUUCUCCCGCUCCCUAAAACAAACCCCACUAUUUCCCUCGCAUUCAUAGGUCCUAACGCCAACGCUUCUCCUCUAACUCUGCUGGGAAACUAUGCGGGCCCUCCCUGUAAAGUCGUGACGCCAUUGCAGGCCUUUCAGCACUAUGUUAAGAACACCAUCUAUCAUCCUGGCUGUGAUGGCGGAGUCAAGUGUCCUUCGGCUCAGAUAGACAAAGCCGUGGAAAUCGCCACAAAGGCGGAUUACGUGGUGCUGAUGAUGGGAUUGGAUCAGAGUCAAGAGAGAGAAGAUCGUGAUCGUGUUCACCUGGACUUACCUGGCAAGCAGCAGGAGCUCAUACAUAGCGUUGCUAAAGCUUCCAAGAGACCUGUCAUUCUGGUGAUCUUUUCUGGAGGCCCUCUUGAUAUUUCUUUGGCCAAGUAUGACAACAAAGUUGGAAGCAUCUUCUGGGCCGGUUAUCCUGGCGAAGUUGGAGGGAUCGCACUUGCUCAGAUUAUCUUUGGCGAUCACAACCCAGGAGGAAGACUACCGAUGACUUGGUAUCCAAAAGAUUUCAUAAGAGUGCCGAUGACGGACAUGAGGAUGCGAGCAGAUCCAACUUCGGGGUAUCCGGGAAGGACUUACCGGUUUUACACGGGUCCAAAGGUGUAUGAGUUUGGGUAUGGCCUAAGCUACUCCAAAUAUUCCCACGAGUUCGUAUCUGUGACGCAGAACAAGCUUCUCUUGAAUCAAUCGUCGUCUUAUUUGAUAGUUGAGAAUUCGGAAACAAUUCGUAUCAAAUCAGUGUCAGAGUUGGGCGCCAAAGUGUGCCAGAGCAUGUCAGUGUCAGUGACGGUGGGGGUUGAAAAUGAAGGAAGCAUGGCGGGGAAGCAUUCGGUGUUGCUAUUCACAAGGCAUGCGAAGCAGAGGAAUGGAAAUCCGAUCAAACAGUUGGUGGGUUUUGAGAGUGUGAUGCUAGAUGCAGGGGAAAGGGCCCAAGUUGAAUUUGAAAUAAGCCCUUGCGAGCAUCUUAGCAGAGCAAGUGAGGUUGGUUCCAAAGUAAUUGAAGAAGGGUCCCAUCUCUUGAUUGUUGGGGAUGAAGAGUAUCCAAUUGAUGUCAUUUUCUGAUGUUACUGAUCUGAUUCUUCAAUAAGCCGAAACUUAUUUAUCAUGGAUCUCAUAAUGUUACUGAUCUGAUUGAAUUUAUUUACGCGUUCUGGGGAGACGAUUUUCUCUUGCUAUGUAUAUAAUUAUCAAAUAUCUAAUUCUCAAUUAAAACAACAUUUGAAAUA